AUGGCAAAAAUAUACACACAGGCUGAAUUUGAUAGUCUAAUGGAGAAGGUGGAGAAGGUAGAUAUUAGGGUGAAAGAAUACUUGAAAUUAGCUGGAUGCAAAAAGUGGGCUAGGUUGUAUGCACCUGUUAACAGGGGAUGGACCAUGACGUCAAAUAUUGUUGAGUCAAUCAAUGCCGCACUUGUGUCGGCAAGAGAAUUGCCAAUAUACGACUUCCUCGAAGAAGUUGCACCAUCGACUGAAUACUUGUAUAUGGUGAACAAUGAAGGAAGUCAUUACACCGUUUGCCUCUUAGAGAGAAAGUGCAGUUGUGGGCGGUUUCAAGUUGACGAAUUACCAUGCCCACACACUUGGGCUAUCUUGAAGAGCAAGUUUCUAAUGCCAGAAGAUUAUUGCUCGGACUAUUACAAACCAAAGUCUGUUGUAAUGACAUACGAGGUGCUCGUGUAUCCGCUGCCUGACCAAAAUGAAUGGAAUAUACCAGCACAUAUAUCAGAGGAAGUUGUCUUACCACCCAAAUGGAAAAGACCUCCUGGAAGGCCAAAGAAGAAGCGCGAUAAGUCGUUUAAUGAAUUAUUGCAGAAGAAAAAUUAA